GCUGGCUCCGGAGUCUUUGUGGGGUCAGCUGAGGCCUUCACUGGCUGCGUGGCAGCCUGGUUUCCUUUGUCUCUCCCCGCAUAAAUUCCCUGCAUCCUCUCUCCCUACGUAAAUUCCCUGCUUGCUAAUAUCCAUUUCAGAGCCUACUUUCUGGGGAAGCCAGCCUGAGACACCAUCUCAUCCGCACCCAAGGCCUCAACUCCAGGCACAUGCUAGCAGCUCCCAAAUGAAUACCUGUGGCCAGACUUUGCUGCUGAGCACCGAUCUGUGUGGCACAUGUCUGGGAUUCAGCAUGUGGGAAGCAGGAGUCACCGCCUUCCCAGGAGGACCCCUUCCCUGUCUUCCAUGGCUCCAUGAGUGGCAUCAGUGCCUGCCCACUGCCCAGGCCUGGAGUCCUAUGGACAGAUUCGGUGCCCUGGAGCUCCCCAGUCUCCCACAGUGCUCAUUCCUCCUCACCCUCCCUGUCGCUGCCUUGGUGCAGCUCUUCCUGCAACCCCCUUGGAUUUCCGCCAGAGCAUCCCACUGUCUCUUUCCAGGCUUUCUCCACCAGCUCCACCUUGUGCUGUCCCGGAGUGUGACCUUCCUUCAGAUGCUCAUGUGUUCGCAUUGCUGAUGUGCAUAAAAUCUUUCAGACUUUCCCCCUCAGGGUGAAAUGCCACAGCGCAGCCUGGGGUUAGAGGGCCUUGGUGCCCCCUUUCCCAGGCUCACAUGCCACCCUGCUCCCUGCAGGCUUCCACACUUUUGGCGCAUCCUGGAACUUGGCAGCCACCCCAACUCAAGAUGAUCAUUUGUCUCCAAGCUUUUCUGCAUCUGUCUCCUCCUGGAGAGGCCUCUUCCCAUUCUCCUCCUCUGCCUGGUUCACAUCUCUUCAGCCUCAAGACGCGGCUCGGGCCAAGGCAUCUCCUCUUCGAGCAGCCCCUGUUGCAGGCCCAUCAGGCUGUCCCCCUCACUGACGCGGGCCGUGAGCAUCAGAGGGACAGGUGCUGUGGCCGUACUCCCUGAGUCCACAGAGCCUGGCACGGCAGGGGGACUCACUCAGCACACUCGUGCUUUGUCUGCUUCUGGAGGGCAGAUUUCAAAGAAGCAUAAAGAGGUAGAACUUAAAAAAAAAAAAAAAAAGAUUCUAGGGCCAGGCACGGUGGCUCACACCUGUAAUCCCAGCACUUUGGGAGGCUGAGGCAGGUGGAUCACUUGAGGUCAAGAGUUCAAGACCAGCCUGGCCAACAUGGUGAAACCCCGGGUCUACUAAAAAUACAAAAAUUAGCCGGGCAUGGUGGUGUGCACCUGUAGUCCCAGCUACUCAGGAGGCUGAGGUUGUUGUAGUGAGCCAAGAUCACGCCACUGCACUCCAGCCUGGGCGACAGAGCAAGACUCUGUCUCAAAAAAAAAAAAAAAAAGAAAAAAUAGAUUCUAAGAAGAGAGAUGUCUCAGGUAGGCUGGGAGAUCUUGCACUGAAGCUUUGAAUAUGGAUUACAAAGGAGCCCAGUGAGGAAAAGAAGGGAAGCAUUAAAGGCUGCAGGGGCUCCCCUCAGAGCUUGUUCGUGGUCUCAGGUUUGGAAAGAAGGGCACCAAAGUAAGGUAGCCGGACAAACGGCGUGGACCAGCGGGAGUGUUGUUGGGAAAUGCCGAAGGCCAUAAAAGGAGUUUCUGUGUAGUUACUUUUGAAGCAAGGAGUGCGGUUUGGGGCUGACAGUAAAAUGUUAGCCCUGAUGCAGACGGAACAACACUACACAAUUCGUAUUUUGCUUUUGCCGUCUUUGUCAAGGAGAACAGUUUUUCAUUUGGAACCAAAUAUUGGUUGUCGAAGGGGGUUAAAGCCUAAGAGAGUAUGGGAGGCUGCAUGACCGACCUCACUGUGCAGAGGAGGCCGUCUCCCUGGUGGGAUGACGUCUCACUGCUGCUGGGAGACAUGAAGUUGGGGCCAUGGCUCCAUGGGGACUUUUGGAGGCGGAGGGCUUCCAGGAGAUGGGGGCAACGGUGCUUGAUGUGCUCCUCCAGGUUAUUCUCUAGGGGAUUCCGGCUUGGGAGCACAUACAUAGAAAAGGAAACACUGCUUUCUAGGAGUCCUAACAAGAAAUCAUACCAGGCAAGCCUCACUUUUCCACAGGUCAACCAGAAUCAUACUCCAGAGAGGACUGUGCAGUGCCUGUAUGUAGGUUUCCUGGGCAUUUGGUAGAGGCUGUCACCAUAGGCUGGGUUCGGCAUGAAGGAAUGCGGGUCGAACGAUGAUAGAAUGAAGUGGGCUCAUUAUCAAAAGGCGCUGCUGGCCAUCAGAGUGUGCCCAGAGGGCAGGCCCUGUCACCACCCCGAGUUCUGUCUCCACUCACAGGUUGGCCAGGGCAGGCCCAGUGUUUUGGAUGAGGCUAUUAAUGGAACAAUGGUCAGAUUCACAGAUGACAUGAAUACACCUGACAGCAGACUGAAGAUCCCAGAAGAUCUCAACAGACUGUAAUGAUGGACUGAGUUGAAAAGGGAGGCCCAGCUGCACAAUUAAGAACAGGAUCUGGGAAAUGGGAUUUGACAGCAAGACGUGUGAAAAAAAAGACUUUGGGCUCAAUCUGUUAACUGCGUUGUGUUGUGGGGCUGCCAAGAAAGUGAGCAUCAGCUUCAACUCCGAAUGUCUCACUUGAAAGGGAACAUUGACAACCCCCAGGGCCAUCAGAGGACCCAAACCAAAAUGGCAAAAAAAGAUACAAAAAGAUGGGAAUGAGGGGGCUGUGGCGCCUGCAGGAAGGGGCAGCCACGGGAAUGUGGCAACUUCUUCCAAGCCUAGAGGACCUAGGUUGGCGGAGAGCUCCCUCCUGGAGGCCCCAGAGGACAGGAUCCAGAAGCUUUGAGUGGAAGUCCCAGAAGGGCAGGUUUUGGCAAAAUAUGGGAACAAUUUCCUUUGGCGGCUUCGAAGCCAGCUCAGCCUUGUGGUCAUUGCUCGAAUGCUGGGCCAGCAGGAGAUGCUCCCUCUCUGGCAAGAGAAGACCCAGCUGUCCUCGCUCAGCCGGCUCCUGGGCCUCAUGAGGCCAUCAUCUCUCAGGCAAUACCUGGGCUCUGUGCCCUUGCCACCCUGCCAGGAGCAACAGCCAAAGGCUAGUGCCGAGCUAGACCACAAGGCCUGCUACCUGUGCCACAGCUUGCUGAUGCUGGCCGGGGUGGUUGUUAGCUGCCAGGACAUCACUCCAGACCGGUGGGGCGAGCUGCAGCUGCUGUGCAUGCAGUUGGACCGCCACAUCAGCACGCAGAUCCGGGAGAGCCCCCAGGCCAUGCACCGCACCAUGCUCAAGGACCUGGCUACCCAGACCUACAUCCGUUGGCAGGAGCUGCUGACCCACUGCCAGCCCCAGGCCCAGUAUUUCAGCCCCUGGAAAGACAUCUAAAGGAACAGGGUCAGGGCAGCCCAGGGCUCCUGGCUCCGGCAGGAAGUGAACAGGCUCAGGGAACUGGAGGAAGCGAAGCAUCAAGGCCAGAGGAGGCCACAUGCUGACCAGCCUGAUGAGGCAAGAGCCUGCCCCUGCCACCGCCCCGACCCCUCUCCUCUCAGCAAGAGCCUGCCUCUGCCACCGCCCCGACCCCUCUCCUCUCAGCAAGAGCCUGCCUCUGCCACCGCCCCGACCCCUCUCCUCUCAGCAAGAGCCUGCCUCUGCCACCGCCCCGACCCCCUCUCCUCUCAGCAAGGGAUGGGCCUCUCUGCCUCACCCACCCCUCAGCACUCCUCCCAGCCAUCUCCUCUUCCCUAAGGCCUCUGUCUCCAUAGCUCUGGUUUUCCUGGGCCUCAGUCCUCCCCACCCUCCUUCCUCUGUCUCCCUGUCACUAAUGUGAGGUUUCUUUGUGCACAUUAAAGUCUUCUUUCAGCAUCA